AUGGGAUCGUUUCACGAGGAAAUGGGCGUGGUUACGCGAUGACGUAGUGUUUUUGUGUCAAAACCGAGCAGCAAACGGCCGAGACCACAAGCUGUCAACGCCUCAAUUUGUACUCCACAAACGUGUCACCCCUGCAUGGGUGCCAUGGUCCUCAGUUACACAUGAGCUCUACUAUGUGGUACAUCAUGCAAAGCAUUCAAAGUAAAUACUCCUUGUCUGAACGGCUCAUCCGCACCAUCGCAGCCAUCCGCUCGUUUCCGCACGACAACGUGGAGGAUCUCAUCCGUAAGGGUGCUGAUGUAAACCGGAUGCAUGGCACACUGAAGCCCUUACACUGUGCCUGCAUGGUUGCUGAUGCUGACUGUGUGGAGCUGCUGUUGGAGAAGGGAGCAGAGGUAAAUGCGUUGGACGGCUAUAACCGCACGGCACUCCACUACGCAGCAGAAAAGGACGAGAGCUGUGUGGAGCUGCUGUUAGAGUACGGUGCUCAACCCGACGCACUGGACGGCAACAAGGACACUCCACUUCACUGGGCCGCCUUCAAAGAUAACCCGGAGUGUGUAAGAGCGCUGCUUGACAGCGGGGCUUACCCCAAUGCCAGGGACUACAACAACGACACGCCAUUGAGCUGGGCCGCCAUGAAAGGCAACCUGGAAAGUGUCAAAGUGCUAUUAGACUACGGAGCCCAGGUACACGUGACCAACCUUAAGGGUCAGACGCCCAUUUCCCGACUGGUGGCCCUCUUGGCCCGGGGCCUGGGCACUGAACAAGAAGAGGAGUGCCUGGAACUGCUGUGCAGGGCGGCAGGCCGCUUCGAGAUCCGACGAGCCGACGGUACGCUUCCGAGGGAGCUGAGUAAGGAUCCCCAGCUGCUGGCGAGGCUCACCAACAUGGUAGCUCAGGCGCCCACGCUUCGCUCUCUGGCGCGCUGUGCUGUGCGACAGAGUCUGGGGGUGCAGUUCCUCCCCACUGCUGUGAAGGAGCUUCCUUUACCAGAGACCAUCAAGGAAUAUCUUCUUCUGAGAGACUGAGCCCUGGCUAAUUAAUAUUUUUACAUUUACACUUCUAACACUACUCCUUCAUCGCAUCAUGGUAUUGGAUGACACUUUGUCCAGGAUAUCUUUCAAUUGAAAAUGUCCCAAAUUUGGAAUGGUGCGUUUGCUCAGGUGGAAUCACAUGAGCACUCACGCACCAGGACACUUACAUGAUAUUAUUGCUUUUAAACUCCGUGCACCUAUCAAACGCUAAACACUUGAAACACCUGUCAUAGUCGCUCUCAAAGCACUCAACAAACUCAUGCAUAAAGAGCAUGUAUAUUUGUUGCCGUGCGCAAGUCUUGAUUGUGCCAAAUUGAAAUACGCUUUUAACUGAAAGACAAGUGCUUGUGGAUGUCUGAAAGAAAGAAUCCAGGGAUCAACUGUCUUUUACACUAUGAGGUCAAAUAAAACCAUGAAAUAGGGAA